AUUCUCUCGCACCAAAGCUCAUAAACAUCCUGUCUAUUUUUAUCACAACACAAUGCACAGUACCUUUUUCCUCUUACCAGGGGGUCUUACCCCCACAGCAUAAUUACAGAAGAUGGGAAAUGAUACCAUUUUUUACACUACCUUUUUUUAAAAAAAAAAAAAAAUACAUUUUGAAAUUGAUUUCAUUUAUUGCUGUGAUGGCAAAGCUGAACUUUCAGCAUCAUUACUCAGUGUCACGUGAUCCUUCAGAAAUCAUUCUGCUGAUUUUAUGCCUUUGUUGUCAUCUCCUCACACAUGUUUUUCACUUCUUCAUGGCCUAUUUUAAGUUCCAUGAGGUUAUUCAGAUGGCAAACCAUGAUCAGGGGUCACACAUGCAUUCAUGGGGUCACACAUUUAGACGGAUGCUCCUACUGAGGGGAAGAAAGAGAGAGAGGGGUGCAGGACAUGAGUAUUUAUCAAAGCAAUACCCUCUUGGGAAGUCAAAUGAAACGGAGGACAAACCGUGACUGUGUGGAUGAAGAAUACAUUCAACAUUAUUCUUAGUGACUUGAUCAUCAUUUUUCUGUUCUAUUUUAAAAAAAAAAUCAGCUGUUUUGAUUGUGUUCGAGCAUUGAUUGUGCUAUAAAAGGUUUUGGGUUUACAGUGUGGUAGAGAGUGCGAACAACCCGCUGAUGUCAUUGAAUGAACAUGACCGCAGUUCUCACAAUAAUCGGCGCCGCGCUUCUCUGUGUUGUGAGCGCGCGACCUGCGAUGAUGGCAGAUCAGUACGCGCGAGGAGUGGUAAGAAUAUUUCAAAUCUCUCUAUUAAAACGAGCGCUUAUGUUUUACAUUAAUUAUCUCAUAUGCAAGAUAGGUGACAGCUUUUUAUUACAAUUUUUGUCGCCUGGAACUGAUUUUCAGUGAUGAAGACAUUUUAUUUUACUAUUUUCAUUAAAAAAAAAAAAUUCAAACAAAACAAUAAAACAAAAUAAACUGUCAAUCUUGUUAAUUUUUUUACCUAUAAAAUUAAUCAACAUCAAAAAGUAACUAAAUAAUACACAAGCUAUCAUAAUACAAAAUCUGAUACAAAUAUACAUUAAUUGUGCAGAUACUUUUACUACUGUCUCAGCAAUGUUUCAUUGCUUUCAGAGCUUUUUUCUUUUCUUUUUUUAUUAAUUAACAAUGUAUAUGAAUUUUGUGUGUGUGUGUGUGUGUGUGUGUAGGACUGGUUGAUUCGGUAUGGGUAUUUACCAUCUCCAGACUCUCUAAUUGGUCGACUUCAAACCAGGGAGGGUAUUGAAGAAGCUGUCCGUAAAAUGCAGCGUUUUGCUGGUAUUGAAGAGACUGGCGAACUAGGUGACCAUUCACUUGUUUUUACUGUAACAGUUGAGAUUUAUCCAGAUGGAAACAUAUGUGAACGCCUCAGGGCACACUAUACCACGUGAUCUUUCUGCGUGAAUUGUCAUUACUUAGGGAAGUUCUGAUGAUUCCACUUUUGUCGAAGUUUAGAUCGGACCACAUUAGAAAUGAUGGCCAGACCUCGCUGCUCUCUCCCGGACACCAUCAGCUCUGAGGAUCUGUUAAAAGGAAAGAGAAGAGGUAAAGGGAAGAUGAAGAGGAGAUACACUCUGCCAAGGCUGAGCUGGGACAAGACUGACAUCACCUGGAGCGUGCAAGAUUUUCCCUCUCCCUCUAUGUCUCCCACUCUACAUCCAGGGCUGGUAAGGCUCAUUUUGACUUAUGCCCUCCGAGCAUGGGGUGAUGUCACACAUCUGCGUUUCCACGGGACUUCUCCUUAUGACCCGUCACCACAGACAGACAUCAAAGUCACCUUUGCCAGUGGCUACCAUGAGGAUGGGUAUCCUUUUGAUGGCAAGGGGGGCACACUGGCGCAUGCAUUCUUCCCAGGAAAAGACGAUCUUGCUGGUGACACACACUUUGAUGAUGGAGAGAGCUGGAGCAAUGGAGAUAGGAGCAGCAGCACAGAUUUGUUCACAGUUGCAGUGCAUGAGUUUGGUCAUGCUUUAGGCCUGUUUCACUCCUCCUCCAAUGAAUCCAUCAUGAAGCCUUAUUACUAUGGUCCUGUGGGAGACAUGCACAGCUACUCCUUACCCCUUGAUGACAGACUGAGAAUACAGGCACUCUAUGGAAAAAGACCAGAUUUUAAAUCUUCUCCAUCUGUUGCUGCACCCACAACUAAUCUGCCCCAUUUCUCGACCCAUGCUCCUCCACAUCCUCCCUAUCACCCACCAGCCCCUGCUGAUCACUGUCAGGGAGGUUAUGAUGCAGUCGCUAAUAUCAGAGCAGAGGUUUUCUUCUUUAGAGGUCCACACUUUUGGAGGGUACAUCAUUCAGGCUCAUUAAUGUCCUUGACUCCAGCUCUGAUCCACAGCUUCUGGAUCGGUUUGCCUCCAGAAACCGUCAGAGUUGAUGCAGUAUAUGAGAGAAGAGAUGGAUAUAUUGUAUUCUUUAUUGGUAAUCUGUACUGGGUAUUUAGAAACACAAUUUCCCUCCCUGGGUACCCACGGCCACUUUCAGAAUGGGGUUUACGCUCUUCUGCAGGACGGGUUCCAGAGAGAGUGGAGGCGGUAUUUGUGUGGCCGCACAAUGGCAGGACGUACCUGUUCAGUGGUGGAGAGUACUGGAGGUUUGAUGAGGCGGGAACUGAGAGGAAGCUGGAGGAAGGGUACCCUAAACCAGCGUCCAUCUGGGGGAUGCCCUCUCAUCCUGAUGAUAUCAUUGGAUUUCUAGAUGGAGACACAUACUUCUUUAAAGAUUCAAACUACUGGAUUUUAAAAAGAGGGGGCUUGGAGCAGGAAUCUGCUUUCCCGAAAUCCAUUGCUACUGACUGGAUGAAAUGUGAUGGUAACAUUUCAGCUCACAGACCUGAGAUUCCCAGAAGAGACAAAGACUGUAGCUGUGUCCAGAGUACAGCCGCUGGGAUAUGUGCUUUGUCAGCUGUUAUAUAUUCAAUUAUCGUAGUUUGUAUUUUGGUUCUUAAGUUGUACUGAUAAUAUUCAUAUUAUUUGUGUAGUAUUUACUGGUAUUUUUUAAUGUUGUGACUGUGUAGUUUGUAAAAAAUGAUUUUAGCAAUCAAUGAAUUACUGCCAUCAUCUGGGAUAGAAAAGUGUCCAAUGGUUGCUUACUUUAGUACCUAAGCAGAUGCGGUGCAUAAUCUUGACAUUGUUUGCCUACUGUUUCUUGAAUACUGUGUAUUCGGAUAUCUUACUCAUUUGAAAUACUGCUUUUUACAAAUUAUAUAUAGAUUAUAUUACAGUACACUAAAUGGUCAGUGUUCUGAAGAACACUAGAUGGUUGCAAAACUAGCACACUAUGGACUAAAAGCCAUGAAACAAUAUUUUAAUCAAUGUUUGAACUGCUUCUGAAAUACUAAAUUAAAAAUUCAAAGAUGUCAUUUAAUUAUUCUUUAUGUAUUAUAACAGAACGUACAAUGUAAUGUAAAAUAAAACUCAUAUUGUGUGAGGCUUAUUCUGUUUUGUUUUUUUUCUUUCAAUUUCAAAUAAAUGUUGUUCUUUUGAACUUUCUAUUCAACAAAGUGUCCUGAACAAUGUAUCACAGUUUCUGUUUUUAACAUUGAUAAUAAUAAAGAGAAAUGUUUC